CCCACCUUAUGUUGCAAGAAGAUAGUUUGCAACAAAAUAUGCUGCUAAGCAAAGCUGCUACACAGAACAGCAACAAUUCAGUUUUAAAUAAAAAUUUAAAUAAAAAUAUAAAUACUCAACAAAGUAUAAAUAAAUUAAGUGCGAAUAAAACUUGUGCUAAUAAAGUAAUUAGUUAUAGUAAUGAUAGUAGUAUGUUAACUGUGAGUAAUAGUAAUAACACCCACACCAAUACCAAAACCCACACCAAUACAAACAAGAUUUCAAUUGAUCAGAAUCAAAUUCAGCACCAACAACAAAACUCAAAACCGCAACAAACGACAAACGAACCAACAACACCGACUGUAGUUAGUAAUUCUAGCAUUAGUAACGAUUUAGUUAGUACUACUAGUUCUAAUACAAAUCAAGUGAAUAGAUUAGGUGUACCUCAGAUAGAAGAUUCCGGUACAGAGAGUGGUGAGGAUUUACGGCUUAUUGCAGCAGGUCUUCGAGAUAAAUUAAACAUGCAGACCGAUACAGACCUGAUAGAAGAAGUAACUACAGCUCUUAGCCGCCUCGAGAGCUCACUUAAAGAAGGCAAGGAUAUACCUGUAGAUAGCAAUAAGCGUAAUGCUUUAUUAGCUCUGGUGGCGCGUUUACAAACGGGUUUAACAUCACCGGACAAAUUAGCAGAUGCAGCUUUGGCGGCUACUGAAAUAAAUGGCGGUGAUAUUAACUUUGAGGAGACAUCAUCACCUGAAGCAGAUGCACACCGUUCGAAUAGACAACGUUUUGCUAAACGUCGUAAUCGAAAUAGUCGUCACACUGUCGGUGUUAGUCGCGAAGAAUUGGCAGAUGCGCGACGCUAUAUGGAAGACAUGUUAAUUAUAGAUAAUAUAUCUAAUUGUACAACUCCUGAAAGUAAUUUAGCACCUGUUACUCCACCACAAUGGUUCCCAAUAGAGAAAAACUCUUCAACUGGUUCAAUAUCGAACCAACAACCGCAAUUAUCACUUUAUCGGCCCAAUCAGUUUGUACCAAAUAACAUAAAAAAUUCAACUGAAUGCCUAGGUACAUUCAAAAAUCCAGUAGAUUUGCGUAAAAAUACAACAAAUGUAAGGCGACCAUUAUCUGGUGAUUAUAGUGUAAGUUUCCAACAAUUAAACACAAAUGCUGUGAUUAAUCCAAUGUAUACAGCAAAUCCAACUACAAAUCAAAAUGGUAGCAGUCGAGCUAGUGACAAUGUUUCACCAGACUCUGCACAGAAAUCAAAUCGGUUCGCUAGUAAAAAAACACUUUAUAAACGUGCAAAUACGAUUGAUAUCCCAAAAACCAAGAAAUACAACGCGGACCUAGACACUGAUUCAGAAAUGGAAGAUAGAGGUCCGGGCUUUGGUUUGAAACGCACAGUACAAGUAAAUGUAAAGCAAAAAGUGCGUAGUGUUGUGCCACCAUUUGAACCGAAAACUGAAAACGAUCACAAAUUCUUAGCGUUCAUUAAUAAGCAAAGCCCUAAACCUGGUUUAGGUUGGAAUAAUUCGCGAUCUGUUACCAAUUGGACGAACAAAUUUGGUAAUAUAAAACAUACUUUCGAAGUGGGAGCAGCUGCAACUGCAACCACUGGUAAACCUCCACAAGCACCAGGUCAUGUUCCACAAAACGUAGCUAAAAACUAUUUUAAUAAACAAUUGAACCAAAAUCAAGAUAGACAUCAGGCGCAUAAUGCACAAAUGAACUAUCAAAAUCAGAAAAAUCAACAAGAAUACAUAGAACGACAAAGAAGAGCGGAAAGAGAAUAUUUAGAACGAGAACGCAUUGAACAAGAACGAGAACGUAUUGAAAAAGAUCGUCUUGAACGUCAAAGACUGGAGAAAGAACGUCAGAAUCGUGAUCGUCUUGAGAGAGAGUUCUAUGAAAGAGAACGUCAAGAAAGAGAGCGUUUAGCAGCAGAACAGCACGCUGCAAUGCCAAGCAUGACAGUUCCUAAGCCAUCCCCAGUAAAUAAAUUUAUACAUGCUCCACAAUCUGUGUUCCGGCCAAUUGAUAAUGAUCUCCAUCAACAAAAUGUUAUACGUCCAAUACCAAAAAUGCCAAACAAUGGAAAUGUAUGGCAGCCACCAUCGCAAUCAAUGAACUCACCACAAUUGUCUACCACCAAAAACUAUUCAAACGUAUCUUAUGCAAAUUCAGCACCAUCUACUCCAUCUCCAGGCGCACUUCCUUGGGUCUCAAAGCCUACUGUUGAUAAUUCAAUUUUCAAAAUCAGAGCAAAUAAGUUUGAGGAACAAUCAUUGAAAGAUGACCGCAAUAACACUUAUUUACAAAGGCACAAUUCAUUACGUUCAACGAAAGCCCAACAACAACCAAUGGAUGAUUACAGAAAGCGUCCAUCAUUGCCAAAUACAACGGAUCCUUACCUUGGACUGCAAAGUCAAUAUGUGCCAAAUCAAUUCAACAAUAACUAUCAACAGCCGCCUCCACCAACUAAUAUAUCAUUUACAUAUGCGGAUUUAAGAUCUAAGAGUAAUUAUCAGAGUUAUCCUUGUUUGCCUUCUGCUGUAAAUAUGGCUUUAGAAAACCCCAGGCCUCGGGAAGAUUCCCUUACUAAUCCAGAAGCCGUACCUUUAGUACUUACCAGUUUGAACCCUUCAUAUAGUCCACAAACUGAUAACUUACAGCCGUAUAGCACCAUUCCUCAAAAGCAGUCAGAUUUCGUCGGUUCUAUGGAUAGCGCACAUACAAGUCCAAGCAUUUUAACAAUGCCAACACUAGAUUAUACUGAUGAUGACUUGGAUUCUGAUAAUAUGAUGGAAUAUCGAGCGGAAACUAGAGUAAUGCGAAAACCACAAAGCCAAACAGCUGUAACAAUAGGUAGUCGUCAAGCGCAUGUAAGCGAUGAUGAGGUAUUUGGUAAAAAUUCACGCGCAGCACGUAAUUUACUUCAUACUAUGAAAUCUAUCGGUAAUAACAAUAAUAACGGUAAAAGGGUGCAAAAGGAAACUAUUAAAAAACCAGAUCCACCAAGUUCACCGAAAAUUUGUUUAUCGCCUGAUGGUCGUUCGUAUCAAGCUCCAGUUGUGGAACCACUAUUUCCAGAUGUAACAAACUUUGAAGCAAAACGUAUACCGGUGUAUGACAAUACUCAAAAACCAACAAUUCAACAAAAUAAAUUACCGGAAAAUUCAAGGAAGAAAUCAAAAACUGAAAAAGAAUAUGAUUAUAAUUCCAGUUUACACAGUGGCUCGCAUUUCACAAACAAUCAACAACAGAGUUACCAGUCCACUAUACAAACUGCAUACGUUAAUGACACUCAACCUGGGUAUAUUGUAACCUAUCCAACUGAUGAUGUUUCUGAUUUCGAAGAUAAUAGCUAUGCCAAGCAGCAACAGCAUACUGCAAGUCAGCAUAGAAACAGACACAUAUCUGAAAACUCUACCACAAGUUCAUCUAUGACCUAUAGCACACCGUCAUCUAACAUAAAUUGGACAUCAAAUCCAAUACACACAGAUGAAAGUAGUGUUAUGCAGAAAAACUACAUUAAUCCAACAGAAUAUUUAAAUAUGAAUACACAUUAUUCACAAAAUAGUCAACCACCUUCCACAAAUAUUUUAAAUUCACCAAGAAAUGAUGUAAGAGAUAUAAAACCUAAUGUGGCACCAAAACCUCAGAUACCACCUUUGAACUUGCCUAGUCAAGAAUACUUAUCGCAGCAGAGAUUAUCACAACCUGAAAUAGUAACAAAACCACAACCAAGAGGUAUGGAAAAUUCGAUGUCCCAACAAACUCAAUAUUCGUCACAAUAUUCUACACAAAAUCAAAAUCAAUAUUCUCCUCAAACUCCACAAACUCCACCAACUAAUCAACAAAUACUCAAACAAAAUCAAUAUGUACCUCAAGUGCAGCCUCAACUUAUGUCAACUCAAAGUAGUUAUUCUCCUCAAGCACAACCAUUAAAUCAACAAAUGUCAACUCAAAAUAUUUAUUCGCCUCAAGCGCAACCCUUAGUUCAACCAAUAAUGCCAACUGAAAGUAAUUAUUCACAUCAACCACAAUCAUAUACUCAACAAAUCCCGACACAUAAUAAUUAUUCACCUCAAAUGCAACCAUUAGCUCAACAAAUGUCUCCUCAAUAUAGUUAUCCAACUCAAGUGCCACCAAUAGCCCAACAAAUGCCAGCUCAAAACAAUUAUUUGCCUCAAACUCAGCCAAUCUCAACACAACAAUCAAAUCAAAAUGAACAUUCAAGUCAAAUACAGUCAAUACCUCGACAAAUGCCGUCUCAAGAUCAGUACUUAACUCAAGCUCAGACAAUAAGUCAACAAAUAACAACUCAAAAGCAACACACCACUCAAGCACAGCCAAUAAAUCAGCAAAAGCCUCAGCAGGAAAGACAAAGCAAAUCUCAAAAGCAAUUGCCUCAUGUUUCUCAAUCUCAACAUUUGGGCGGUCAAAAUGUGCAACCACUUUCAGGAAAACAAUCUCAGCCACAAACGCAGCCACAACAAUAUAAGCAAUCCACACAAACAGUAUCAACUGUCAAACCACAGCCUAAACUUUCAAUAUAUCAACCUCAACAAUACAACCACAAAUCAGUUGACUCAAAAAAAUUAAUUUCGGAAACAACCUCUAAAACUCAAAGUGUUGUGAAAAUACAGAAAACUAAGCCCCAAGCCCCACUUUUACGUCAAAGUACAUACACUGAUGGUAUAAUACCAUUGCAAGCGCAAGACCGUGUCCUGUCACAACAAUCCUUAGCCAUCAAACAACAGCAGCAAAUACAACAGCAACAAAUCACCGAAGUACGUCGAAAAAGUUUAGGAAAUGUACUGGACAUGCAGCAGCAACAGCGGAAGUCAGCUUACUUUGAGACACAGAAAGACAUUAAACAAGAAUACAAGUCUUCAGCACCUGCUGACACUCCGGAUAUUGUAAAAUCCUCCCUACCAAAGGAAGACAUGCCAAUAUUGAAAAAAUUCGGUCCACCUCAAAGACAUCAUUAUAUGCCAAACGCUUACCAGAGUCCAAGCGGUGGAACUACAACCAGUAGCAUAAGUAGUACACAAACUAAAAAAUACGAACCCAAUGGAACUGUCGUGAACACAACACGUAAAGAAGUUGUGCAUCACUCGACAUUUACGAAUAAACCAGCGAUAGUAGAAAUACCAGCAACACCACAGCCAAAUGAAGACUUAAUACCACGUAAUAUUGUUUUUAACAAUGUAAGCGCUUUCAGCUCUAUGUCCAGACGGUGUGAAGAAGAGCGUGCUAUGGAAUAUCAACCACAAACACGUCCGAAUCGACUAAGUAAAAGUGAUUCCUGGAAUCAAAUAGUGCAAAUGCAAAAUCAGCAAGUUACAUCGCCUACCUCACCGAAAUUCAACACGAGCGGAAAUGAGUUACGACGUACCAGGUCGGGACAUUCAUUGGCAGUGCCAAAAAUGUUUGAAGCUGGCAUGGAUAAAGCGGAAAUAAGUGAAAAACAAAAAACAGUAGCGGCUUACUUUACUGGCAAGAAAUCGCCCAGUAAUGUUGCGAGUGAAGAGCAAGAGCAAGUGACAAUACGAAAGUCUGCUAUUAAUCGCACUAAAACCAGUGAAAAGGUUUCGGCAAGUCGUAAAUCGUUGAGUUCUGCCACAGCUAAUAGCUUUAUGAUAGGCGGUGGACUGAGUCGUAGUGCAACAAUGCCACACAUAGCAAACUUAAAUUUAUUGGAUGAGACUAAUGUAGAAGAUGCAUUCGAACAGCUUAUGAUGGGCUCCUAGAGUUGUUGUUCAGCUGCAAGGAAAAGAUUAUAAUUUUAAAUAAAAUUAAAAAGAAAGUUGAAAAGGGAAACAAUGAACACCGUCCAUUCCAGUUUAAGUUUUUAUUUGUUUUUUAAUUUAAGCACAAGUCGAUAACGAUUUGUCACGAAUUUUUAGUCAAGGUAGCAAUAUUCUAUUAAAUUCAACAAAUGACGACUUUUUAAGCGAUUUCCGAUUAGCAAAAAUAUUUUUUUAAUCGCGGUAAUCGCGCAAAUGUUAAAGAAAUACGGGGACUCACAUACUUGAAAGCAUACACAAAAGCACAUGCACGAGGCGUACUCACAGGCACACGUUAUUAAUAUAAACAAAUAAACAAUAAUUAAUGAAUAUCAACAAACAAGGAAGUAGAGGGACUACAUGUGGUUUUACGUAUAUAUAAAAAUAAAUAAUUAUUCUGUUUUAAUAAGUAAAAUAAAAUAAAUUUAAAAAAAUGCAACUGCAACUGUAAAAAAUUAAUUUAACUACAUAAAAGCAUCGCUGCACUACAUUGACUGCAACUGUAAUAAUUUCUGUCCAACAAUUUUACCACUGCUUAAUCUAUUAGUAAAUUUUUUGUAAUUGGUGCAAAUUCUGGAACGGCAACAGCACUGCACUGCAGGGUCAACAAAUCUGUCAGCCGCUUAAACGAACCGCCAACCCAACA